AUGGCCAAUCGAAGGCUCAUCGAGCUACUGGAGAGAGGCGGCCACCUGGAUAACAGGCAACACGCGUUCCGACCAGGCAAGGGUACCAACACCUACUUCGCCGCACUGGGUCAAAUACUGGACGACGCAAGAAGGAAAGAGCACCACGUCGAAAUGGCAUCGUUGGACCUCUCGAAGGCGUACAACCGCACCUGGACACCCGGUGUACUAAAAAAACUGAAGUCGUGGGGGAUUACCGGCAACAUGUUGCAGUUCAUCAAAAAUUUCCUAUCAGACCGAACCUUUAGGGUCCUGGGCUCAGUAAUUGCCGUCACCCUCUUCCUCAUCGCGAUGGAAGGCGUCUUCGACCGACUACCGAAAGGGAUAUACAUCCUGGUGUACGCCGACGACGUCCUGCUGGUGGUUACAGGAAAGCACCCCAAGGCUACGCGGCGGAAACUACAAGCGGCCGUCAACGACGUGGCCAAAUGGGCCAAAUCAGCCGGCUACGUUAUGUCUGCGGGUAAGUGUUCCCGAACCCAUAUAUGCAGCAUCAACCAUCGACCUCCAACCCAACCCAUCGCCAUCGACAAAAUCCCCAUCCCUACCAAGAAAACCUGCAAGAUCCUCGGUGUCACAGUGGACAGGAAACUCAAUUUCAGUGACCACUGCAACCGAGUACGGGGUGAAUGUGCAUCCAGAAUCAACAUCGUAAAAAGCAUUUCAAAAAGAAGAUCUAGGAGCGACCGCCCAACGCGGCUCCGAGUAGCGAAUGCAAUCAUCUGCAGUCGACUCCUCUACGGCAUCGAGCUGAGCAGCCUCAACCUUGACAACCUUAUCGCCCUGCUAGGGCCAACAUAUAACAGGACCAUCCGGAUAGUCUCCGGACUGCUCCCGUCGACCCCGGCGGAUGUGGCCUGCGCCGAGGCCGGUGUGCUACCCUUCCGUUUCCAAGCUACCGCCGCCCUCUACAGCAGGGCCAUCGGUCACUCCGAGAGAACAAAAGCAAGCCGAAACCACGACUACCUCAACGACAACGCCAACACGGCUCUUCACAACCUCUGCGGUAAAAGCAUCCCCAAGAUCGCCGGCCUCCGACGCCUGGGACCGAGACACUGGCAAACCCCCCCUCCCAAAGUAGACCUCAAGCUCAAAGAACGCCUCUCAAGAAACCCAAACCCAGCUGUAGCACAGGAAACCUUCAAAAACCGCAUCCGGGAAAGGUACCAGAAACACGACAUCCGAUUCACGGACGGGUCCAAGGCUGCCGGCAGAGUCGGCAUCGGAAUUUACUCCUCCACCCUCGAUGAAUCGUACCGACUGUCGGACCGUUGCACGGUCUACUCAGCUGAAGCAGCCGCAAUCUUCAGGGCCAUGGCCAUACCCAGCACACUGCCAAUCCUCAUCGUUUCGGACUCGGCUAGUGUCCUAACAGCCCUGGCGUCACCAGCCAGCAAGCAUCCAUGGAUCCAAGCGAUCGAAUCAGUAGCCAACCGCAACACCACACUCCUCUGGGUACCCGGCCACGCAGGAAUACCCGGCAACGAAUAUGCAGACGCACUGGCCAAUCUCGGAAGAACCGACGGCUUUAUGAGCAGAGAAGUCCCGGCAGCGGACGCCAAACUGUGGGUAAAAACAGAAAUCGCCACAGCAUGGGCAAACGACUGGCGACGGCAGAGAAACUUCUGUCGCAUGCUGAAGAACUCGACCCUACCAGGCAACGACAGCGACAACCGUCACGAGCAAGUGGUGCUCUCCAGGCUGAGAACGGGCCACACCAACGUCACCCAUAACUUGGGUGGCACCAACAUACAUAACAGAUGCGAGGAGUGUGAUUGCACUCUGAACAUCAACCACAUCUUCGGCACAUGCCCGAUCUACUACACAGCCCGCACCAACAACAACAUCUCCAAUGCCUACUCGGCCCUGCAAAACAACCCGCUGGACGAGAGGAACACAAUUAACUUCCUCAAAGACGCCUACCUCUACACUAGGAUAUAA